GGUGGAUGGAAAGUAUACGGCUCGGAAUCGAACCGGACGGCUGAUACCCCCUUUCGCCCACGGUAGCCUUCCGGGUCGCCGGCACGGCCGACGAUGCUAGCGCUGCUGGUUACCGCCUAUAGCGUGGGUCUACAUGUUGUAGAUGUGGUAUAUGUACAUAUACGCAUACAGGUCAAAUAUGCACGUGUGGUCAGCAUCUACCCAGCCUAUCGAACCAUCUCUUCCAGUGUUCGUUUCGUUUGUAGUGUCGUUAUCUCCGCUGUUAGCUUUUCUUCGUUAUUGCCAGUGUGGUUGAAAGGUGAGCUGACCUCAGCCCCCUUAUUCGGAAUACAUGUCGCAGGGACUCUUCCCCGCCGUUCUCAGGCCUUCUGUAGCGUUCUUGCGUGUAUAUGUGUGUCAGACUAUCACCGACAAUUAGCGUAUACCGUGUCUGAUGAUAAUAGCGUAUAUCGAUGCCGGUAGUUGGUUCCGAUAUCUUAAGUUACAUCCGUGACGGGUUACAUGGUAUCGCAAGUAAGUAAUAUGCAGCCAAGUCUUGUUACAGAUCCGUAACAGCUCGGAAGAAUUUAGCCCACCCCUCGUACCCAGGCUGAGGACAUCGGUUACAUCUACAUGUGUCCUUCAACGCACUUGCUACUUUAGUAUAAGUUAAGAGGCGUGCUAUUGUUGGAGUUACGUAUAAAUAUCUGGCUUAUUAACUCCUAAUUAAGUUAUAUUAUAAGCUUCGAAUAUUCUGGCCCUCAUUCUUUGCUCGGGGAAAUACGCAUGUAAGCAAAACAAUCCUAGGCCCCGGGAUGCUGGAGUUCGGAUUAGACUAUCUUCCUAGUGCUUAGAUCAGUCCGGGAGAGAGCGGAUACUACCUAUUCUGAUAUGAACAGUACUGUGUACAACACCGAUAUUAACCCCCACGAGCUGUGAGAUGUCAUACAUGAAUGUAGCAUGAUAGUUAUCAUGUAAAGUGACAGAGGGAGGGGUUUUUCGACACGUAUCGUGAAGUCAGUCUGCUAGGUUCUCUUGUUCUAUUACUAAGGAUCGACAACAUCGGGUAUACCUUUUCUCGUGAAUGACGACGGAUAAACUUGGCACAUCCUUUUAAAACGUGAAAAUGGCAACCUUUAUAGAAG